AUGGAGAUGUCACAUUAUUGUGUUCCCUGGAGAGAUUCAACUGGAAACAGCCUCCUCUGGUUGGAUGAGAGAGGAACUCUUCUGACUGGUGAAGGUGUUGGGUACUACUUUAGACAGACUGGCUGUGAUUCUUAUCUCACUGUGAAGCUUCAGAGCAGCAGCAGCAGAAGAUACACCUGCCAGUUUGUUGAGGGAAAUUUAGUGAAGAUAGAAGCUCACUACCAGCUGGAAGGUUUCCGAGACUGGUCUCCUCUGAGCUUCAUCAUGUUGACUCUGAGGAUCACAGCACUGAUCCUGAUGGUUGGAAUCACUGCUGAUAUCAUCAGAACCAGAGGAAGAAAAAAACCUCAGAAAGACAUUAAUGGAGGAGGAGAGACGGCCCAGAGGAAGACCCCAGCCAGUGCAAUGCUGGAGCCCCCGGAAAAAGCGGGGACAAAUCUGCGGGCUCCGCCGGCAGCCAGCCACCCCGAAGUGAAUCCGGCCAUGGGACCCAGGGAUCCGAGUCCCGAGGACGCCCGACCCCCCGGCGGAGAAGCUGCCAGGAAUAAGCCACUAGCCACCCGGGCAUCCACCCCCAAACCCCGAGCUCCACCAGUGCACCAGCGAGCCCAGUCACCCCCGUUCCCCGAGAGCCCCACCGGAGAGAGGGGCCCCACUAGUCACACCACCAUACCCCGGGGGCCAGGGACCGACGGCAGGGCCAACAAGCCAGCCGGCCAUCUGGGCACACCAGAGGCCCCAGCAGGGCCGGACAGCCGGGCGUACACCAACCCAGACCACAAGCAGCAUUCCCCACAGAACCCGAACCCCCGACGAUUUCUAUCACAACAGAACAUCACCAAGAGAUACACCUGCCAGUUUGUUGAAGAAAACACAAAGGUAGAAGCUAACUACACAGCUGUGGUUAAAGGUAUCAAUAGAGAAGUUGUCCAUAUCUACCACAGAGUUGGAGAUGAUGCUGUUUUACCCUGUAAAAGUCCUUCGCCAUCCUCUUCCUCAUGCUCCACUGUUAACUGGCUUUAUAGGAGAGAUGAAGACAUGAAUCCUCAGCAGGAAGUUCAGAGAGGAAUUGUUGUUCAGAGUUCAUCUAAAGCUGCCAGGCUGAGUGUGGACAAUAACUGCUCUCUGAUCAUCAACAGCAUCACUGCUGAGGAUGCUGGAGGUUACAGAUGUCAGAUUGAGGAUGGAGGCAGCUCUGAUCCAGAUGUGUAUCUAAAUCUGAUGAGCAUUUCUCCAGUAGAAGCUGUUCCAACAGAGAAUAAUAUCACAUUAAUAUGUUCUCUGGUCAGAUAUAUCUCAUUGGGUUCUUGUCCAAAGAACAGCCUCCUCUGGGUGGAUGAGACAGGAGCUAAUCUGACUGGUGAAGGUGUUGGGUACCAGUUUAGACAGACUGGCUGUGAUUCUUAUCUCACUGUGAAGCUUCAGAGCAGCAGCAGCAGAAGAUACACCUGCCAGUUUGUUUAUGGAAACACAGUGAAGAUAGAAGGUCACUACCAGCUGGAAGUCUUCACAGCUGUUCCUGCCAAUAACACCAUCAUCAUCAUCCUCUUCCUCAGAGCAGGGAUCUUUCUGCUUUUGCUGGUUGUUACUGCUGCUGUUUUUAUUAAAUGCAGAAAAAGUAGAGUAACCGAGGAACGCCAAACAACAGGUACCUGA